AUGGCCAAAUCUGAGCUGGAAGAGCUUCAUGCACUAAUUUGCGAACACCUCCGCUGUGCAGCUCUCCCUGAGGACUUGCUGAAGGCUGUCGAGCGGAGCCUAGACCAAAGCAAAGAGAGGAAGCUGUCGAGUCAACUUUUGCAGCUGUUCGCGGCCAAGCAGACGAAGCAGACGAAGCCGGAAAGCAACUUGGCCAAAAAGCAACCGCUUCGGCUUUGGCUUCCGAAGACUGAAGGCACGGCCAGCUCGUCUGGCGCUUGGAUGCUGGCGGCGUUGGGCGUAUUUGUGCUAAGUAUGGUUUUUGCACCCUGUGUGACGUACAGCGAGUGGUACAUCGAUGAGCUUUUUGCAGCAGUACGCAACGCGGAUGCCAGGGGUGACACACCUUUGCGAGAGCUUCUGCGGCAUGACUUUUGGGGGAACUCCCUCGCCAGCGGUUGGACUCACAAGUCCUACCGCCCACUGGUGGUUUUGUCCUACGUAGGGCAAUAUUGGAUGAACUCGUGGAACUUCAGGCCACAGCCGUUGCGCACAUUUAAUGUAGCCUUGCAUUCAGCAAAUAGCUUGCUGCUGCUUCUUUUGAUGCGCCAGCGGAAGAUGUCAACCCGCUUUUCUUUCUUAGCCGCUGGGUGCUUUGCUGUUCACCCGGUCCAUGCUGAGAAUGCUAUCUACUUGGUCGGAAGGGCAGAUUCGAUGGCCACAUUCUGCUGGCUUUUGGCCUGCUUGGUCUGGAUGCCAGGAAGCUCGAAGCCGGCCUUUGGCAGACUUGCCCGAACCUGCCUGGUUGCUGUACUUGCUGUACUGGGCGGCUUUUGCAAAGAAAGCGGUUUUUGUGUGUUGCUGCAGUUGGCUUCAGUUGAGUUGUUGGGUAAGCAUCCAUUCAGAUCUUUACCUUUCAUGUUGAUCUUUGUCACGGCUUUUGCUGGCAGAAGCUGGAUCACCCAGGGCACCAGCGCAGGGUUUUCCUUUGUCGACACCCCAGUGCAAUACCGCUCGGACCCAUGGCUGAGGCUGGCCACGUACAUGUAUUUUCAUGCCAAGUAUGCACAGCUCAUGGUGUGGCCCUGGACGCUUUCGUGGGACUAUUCAUACAAUGCUCUGCCGGACUUGUCAACUACUUGGCAAGACCUAAGGGUUUUGGCCAUCCUGGUGGCAUACUUGAGUGUUUGUGCCUUGGCUUCAUGGGCUUUUUCCAAACGAGCACGAGCUGUUCUGAUCGGCCUUUGCAAUGUUAUCAUUCCCUUUGUGCCGGCUUCCAACUUGUUUUUCUUGGUCGGAGUCACAGUUGGCGAGCGACUACUGUACCCAUGCAAUGUUGGAGCUGCUCUUGUCCUCGCAGCUCUUGGAACAAUGUCGGACACAAAAACGCACGCCUCUGCGGCCCAAGGGGCCAACAGGCUUCCCAAGGGGUCCACCGGCUGCAAGUUUCUCACGGCUCCCGUGGUGGUGUGCAUCCUUGCAGUCUUCACAUGGCUAGGUGCUGUGCGCACACAACAGUGGUCUUCACGAGAGCUUCUUUUUGGCACCGAUGCGGAGAGUUAUCCACAAUCCACCAAGACGCGCCACCAGUUUGGGACGGUCCUGCACAAGAUGGAGCGUUACUCGGAAGCCUUGCACCACUUUGAAGCUGCGGAGGCGAUCUUUGAUGGUACGGGGCUGACUCAGUAUUGCAUUGGUCAGAUUUUGCUUGAAACUGGGCGUGCUGACGAAGCUGAAGCCAAAUUUUCGAAGAUCCUGUCAGGGCAUGCUUUAGGCUUUGGCUCUCACAACCUCUGGUCACUCUAUAUUGACUAUGGAUUCUCCCUGGUUCUUCUUCAGCGCUUCGAGGAUGCCAUACAACCUAUCAAGGAAGGCUUGAAGCGAAACGAGGAUGUUCCCUAUGGCCUCAAUGCUUUAGGCUACGCCUACAUGAAUCUCGGUAUGAAGGAGGAAGGGAGGGCAGCCUUCCAACUUGCAAUGAAAUAUGACCCGCAGAAUGCAUACCUCGAGAACAAUAUCGGCGUUGCCAAACUACUCUCAGGUGAGCUUAAUGAGGGUGCCCUGCAUGUUGCGAAAGCCGCUACGUUGGAACCAGGUGUCCCAGCGUUUGCCCACAAUGUCCACCUUCUCAGGGAAAUGGCAGAAACUGGCCGGUGGCCGGAGUCAAAGUUGGUACUGGAGCUGUACUACAAUCGGGGUAUGUGA